ACUUUUUACUUCCAAUGCAAGACAAGAACAACGACUAGCCAGAAAUAUUUGAAAUGUUUUUUACGAACGAUGUCUGAAAUAGGUAUUACCUGCUGCUCCCGAAAAUGUCUAGUACAUAUCCACAGCAUAAGUAACGCUGUCAAUGGAGCUUCAAAGUUUGGAGUGUUUUUAUGUGCCAACCGGUAUAUCAGUCAGCAGCCCACAGCUGAGACGGGCACGAUAUGGUAAUAGGAAGUCCGUGGGUCCAUGCCGCAUCUCCCUGUGCAUUACGGUAUCACGAGCUGACCUUUGGGGUCACCGCAGGAGUUCUCCCCCAUCUCGCGGCUCCAUUGUGUUCAUUGUGUGAUGUGCUCGGGGAGGUGACCCGCCGGUUGGCCGGUCGGCUGAUUUACGGGAGAAACCACGCCCUCCCAGAGAAACCCGCGUCGUGGCAGCUAUAUAACGCUGUCGGCCGGCAGCCCAGGCAUCAGACGCUCAACAUGGCCCACCGAGGAACGCUCGCUGUGCUCUGCCUGGCCAUGCUGGCCGUGGCCGUCUCCGCCCAGGGCGGCGGAGGCGACGGCUACGGCAAGCAGCCGGACGGCUACUUCCAGUACGUCAACGUGCCCGGACACAAGGAGUACGAGUUCGGCUGGAACCGCGGCAACCCGCACCACUACAUCAGCCGCUACGAGCAGGCCAAGGACCACCGCUUCCGCACCCGGGUCAAGUGGGCCGACACCAAGGGAGGAUACGGUGAGCACUACUGGGAGUACAACCACGCGCCCAAGGGCUACGGCAAGGGCGACCACAAGGGCGGCUACGGCAAGGACGAGCACAAGGGCUACGAGCCGCCGUCGUACAAGGCGCCCUCGUACGAGCCCCCCUCCUACGAACCCCCCUCCUACGAUCCCCCCUCCUACGAUCCCCCCUCCUACGAGCCCCCCAAGUACCAGUAGGGCGCUCCCGGCAGCGACCUCUUUCCCGACAUAAAGACACAGAUGGCUCUGGGAUUUCUCUGAGCUGAGCGGAGCGGCCGGCCGGCCGGCUCCACCGACGACCGGCGGAGACGAGAGAGGACCGACCCGGUGCACUAGAUCAUCUUCAUAGAGUGUGAACUGUCGAGCUUUCAGACGAUGGGAACCCAGAGCUGACCGGUGUGUUACUUGUUGAUACCGGCUCGGCGGGAAGUGUGAAUCACUGUGCACUCAACUACUCGUGGUUCUAGUCGUGUUAUGUCAUCGCCGAGUGCAAUCUGAAAAAACGUGAUUUGAUCGUCGGACAAAUCACUGAUGAAAACAUCAACAAUUGACGACGUGUAUGGAAACACACUCUUGCAAUAAAACAAGUACAAUGCUAUUAA